AUGGCGAAGGUCAUCUUCACGGCUUGGAAGACCAAGUCUGAAUUGCUGGAUGUGCGGAACGAGUUUUAUCCUCCGCCUUCGUACGCUGGACCGGAUUUGCGCUCCCAUGGAUGUGCAGUGGUCGAGGCUUGGAAGCUGCGCGGCAACGUACCGCACCAUGUUGAGGCCACAGCGUUGUUGACGGAUGCUAUUCUCCAUGAUGAUGCGCAGAGGAAUUCAAUUUUCUCUAUUCGGGCUACAUAUUCUGCGGCUUUCUGUCGCUUUGUAACCGGUCUUGUGGACAGCAAAAUUCACGGCGUUCGCCGAACAAUGUUCCAGCGAGCUACGGACCUAGGCCUCCCUGCCUCCUUCGUGGAACUCCGCCACGAAGCAACCCACCGUGAGCCACCAUCGCUUGUCGUACUGCGUAAAGCAGCGCAGCGCUCGCUUGAGUGGCUCUGGGACAAUUACUGGGCCGGUGUUGGUGAUAACUCCGGCGCUGCGUCUGCAUUGACCCAUGACUCCGGUGCAUCUGUCAGGGCCGCCUUGUGCGACGCUCUGCAGCCAUUAUCCGGAUCGGCGGAGUCCGUCUCGAAGAAGCGGAAGCGGGAUCAGGCUGUCUCGGUUGCUAUGCGGCUUGUCUCGGUUUGUAACGUUUCGGAGACGGGAGCCAGGGAUUUGUCCUCUGUUUUGCUCGAGCAGGGUUUCUUAGUUCCCAAUGGGCGGAACCUUGGAGAUUCGCUGAGUGAGACAUUUAAGGAAUGGAGUCCGGUCCUGCAAAAGGUUGCAGAGAGCCAUCCUGCUUUCUUGAGGCAUUUGACAGAAGAUCUGGUGAAUGAUCUAGCCUUCAAGGACACAGCCGAUCUUUCGAUUGAUGCCCCCUCCGAGGCAUUGUAUCUGUGGAUCGCCAAUAUUUUCACAUCUUCUGCUUGGGAGUUCCACAGGCAAUCAUGCUCACAGAGCUAUGUUCUCCGUGCUUGCGAUGAAAGUCCACACCACUGGACCACAUUGUUGGCAGAUCGGUUAAGGAAGUAUGCUAGCAGGGCUAAAUCAGUGUCUACUGCUAGAUCCGCUGCCAAAAAUCGGGUCUCGAAACACAAAACGGUUAGAAAUGACUCGCAUUAUGCUCCGUCUCAGCUCUCAGAAAAGCUGCUGGAACAUGGAUGGGGCUACCUGGAGAAAUGGGAUAGUCGACCUUUGGGUGUAGUAUCGAGGACCGGGAAGGGCAAUAACUAUGCCUACCUCGUGACAGAUGAACCGACUAAGCACUCGGUUAUCAUUGAUCCUGCCAAUCCCCCAGAGGUUGCGCCGGAAUUGAAGUCCCAGAUUGAUGCUGGCAAGAUCAAUUUGACCGCCAUUGUUAACACUCACCAUCACUGGGACCAUGCUGGUGGUAAUGAUGACAUUUUGAAACAAUUCAAGGGCCUGAAGGUCAUUGGAGGCAAAGACUGCGCGUCAGUCACCCAGACUCCUGCGCAUGGUGAAGAAUUCAAGAUCGGAGAUCGGAUCUCGGUGAAGGCUUUGCAUACUCCCUGCCAUACGCAGGACAGCAUCUGCUACUAUAUGCAAGAUGGAGACCAGCGUGUUGUCUUCACGGGUGAUACUCUCUUCAUUGGUGGAUGUGGCCGAUUCUUUGAAGGAAACGCGAAAGAGAUGCACAAAGCCUUGAACGAGACUCUCGCGUCUCUACCGGAUGACACCAAGGUUUAUCCUGGCCAUGAGUACACCAAGGCCAAUGUCAAGUUCUGCGUUGCGGUCUCGCAGACUGAGCCCAUCAAGAAACUCGAGGCAUUUGCGGAACAAAACAAGCAGACACAAGGAAAAUUCACCAUUGGCGACGAGAAGCUUCACAAUGUGUUUAUGCGCGUCAAUGACCCCGAGAUCCAAAAGGUAACUGGCAAGACCGACCCCGUGGAGGCAGUUGCGGAUGAUAGCCAUGGAGGGGCGAGCGAUACAGACGCCCAGAAUCACCUGGAGGUUGUCUUCUAUCCCGACUCCAACCACCGUCGCAAGUCCUCCCUCGUCAUGAUGGAUAAGCCGAGAGUACCACCUCACCCAGCUCAGAAUGACACCACGACCGCCUGCUACGUCCACUCCCUCAUCGCAGGCGAAUGGACUUCACCCUCUCAUCCCCAAAGAGACACCGAAGAAGUGAUUCGGACGUUAAAUGAGCAGAAGAAUCAGCCUUUGGCAAAUAUCAAAAGCAAUGAGCCGGACGACUUGGUCACGGUGGUGGAUGGCGACAGUACAGACGAUAUCAAACCCAUACCGACAGUCAUCGAAUCGAGACAUUUGACAAAGAGACAGCUGUCGGAUAUGGCCUGGAAUGUGCGCAAGCUAUCGAAGAAGCUGGGCAGCAUCAAACUCAAGCUCACGGUGAAGAAUGUCUUCGUGGUAAGCAAGGUGCAGGACGAGUCGCUAGUAAGUCUGACUCGGAAAGUCACAAGGUGGCUAUUGUCCAAGGACCGCGACUCUAUGUACGUGGUCUAUGUCGAGCGGCGACUCGAGACACAUCCAGAUUUUGGUGCGUUGCAGCUGAUACGAGACGAGCCUUCUGCGAAGGACCGGCUCAAGUAUUGGGACCCCAAGCUGGCGCAAGAACAGCCGCAUUUGUUCGAUUUUGUGAUUACCCUCGGUGGAGAUGGAACGGUUCUCUAUACCAGCUGGUUGUUUCAGCGUAUUGUGCCGCCGGUUCUCUCGUUCGCGCUGGGUUCUUUGGGGUUCUUGACCAAUUUUGACUUUGCGGAUUAUCAGCAGAGUCUUGAUAAUGCUUUCCGGGAUGGCGUCAUUGUCAGUCUAAGGUUACGCUUUGAAUGCACGAUCAUGCGAAGCAAAGCACGAAUGAGAGAUCCAAACCCGAAGGCUCUAGCGAACCGCGACCUGGUGGAGGAACUUAUCGGAGAAGAGGGCGAGGAUACACUGACACAUACUCCAGAUCGAGUGUAUGAGAUUCUCAAUGAUGUCGUCCUCGAUCGAGGGCCGAAUCCAACUAUGUCUCAAAUCGAACUCUUCGGAGACGACGAGCAUUUCACGACCAUGCUCGCCGAUGGAAUCUGUAUUGCUACACCAACUGGAUCGACUGCUUACAACCUCGCCGCUGGCGGCUCUCUUUCGCAUCCAGAGAACCCGGUUAUCCUUGUCACGGCCAUUUGCGCUCAUACGUUGUCCUUCCGACCGAUCAUUCUACCAGACACGAUUGUGUUGCGCAUGGGCGUGCCGUAUGAUGCGCGCACGAGCUCAUGGGCUAGCUUUGAUGGUCGAGAGAGAGUUGAGUUACAUCCCGGCGACUACGUGACUGUGUCCGCGUCGAGAUAUCCCUUUGCCAAUGUCUUGCCGCUUGGCGGACAGGGCGAGGGUUGGGUGCACAGCAUCUCCAAGACUUUGAAUUGGAAUUCACGACAGAAGCAAAAGAGCUUCAAGUGA